AUGCCGGACACAUGCAAUGCAUUCGGACAUCGACGACGAAUGUCCUCCAUAGACAACUAUGGCACGCAAGUCCAGUAGCAGCUAACUUUGUGCAGUCAAACCUGCACAGAAACUUCUCGUGGUCUCGCAUUAUAGGAACUCAGGUCACGAAACGAAAGGUCUUAUCUGCGGCGGAUGCAUUAAUGUCAACGGCAUUGAGAGGCACCUCGACGCCUCCCUCUUCCUUCCAAAUUACUACCGCUGGUAAAGGCCAGGACGCUAAUGAACAUAAAGACGAACAAAAUGGCACGUACACAGCAGCGCAAUUGUCCCGAAUUGCUGCUCAGUCUGUCCGUCUUGCAUGCCAUGGAGAAAGCUCGAAAGAUGCAUUCCUCAUUGUCAAAUCGCUUGAGGCGUCCAUGAAGCAUUACUCCAAUCCAUUGAACCACGGAAGACCUAUGCCGCAGAGAGUGGCUAUUGACUUUGGGAUGGCGGUUUCUCCGCGGCUCGCAAUGCACAGUUUGCUGCAUGGUUUAGUGCGACGAGGUAUGACGAAGAAAGCAGGGGACAUCGCCUACCAGAUUGCCGGGUUUAAUCCUCGGAUCCAGUUGCGAGAUCGCACGUUGCACGUCAUCACGUCUGCUCUCUGCCAGACGGAUACACAUGCAUUGCAAGACGAAAAUUUCCGUGCAAAGGCUCAACAAGAGAAAGCAGAAUAUGCGAUUCCAGAGCAACCUCUAGUCGCGCAUGCAAAAAGUGGAAAGAAGGUGCAACUCCCUUGUACACGCACGGCCUUACAUUUAUUUUUCGCGGCAAAGCAAUAUCGCAAAGAACGUGCAAGCCAGACCUUCCAGCAGCUUAUCGACGCGUGCCUCCUGCAAGGUGAAAUCCUUGUCGUGAGCUUUUUAUUGGCGUUGUUAGCAAAGAAAUUGGAAGCUUGGUUCGCUAGAAACAGCGCCCGGGCCGAAGCUGAAGCAUCAUCGUCGACAUGUGGAGAUACAGCGAAUCCAAUGUCUCCGGUGCUUCUCCCUAGUGAGGCAUUGUUGUCCCAGACGAUUGCGAUAAUCGAUUCGGUUCUAUACAACAAAACACCUCCUGACCCUCAGGCCAUCCGGCCGUCCCAUGAAGAGGCCGUGCAGACAUUGGCUAUCCUUGCGGGAAUGCUCGAUGAUGGCGUGCUACCUCCCAGUAAGAGUUCUGCGAUUAUCACCGUUCUCGUUUCGUUCCCAUUAUCGGCUUCCACGGUGGUAUGGAUACUCCGUAAAGGCAAGAAGGAGAAAUGGGAGCGAAGAGAUGCAUAUGCAUAUUUCAAUGAGGUGCUAGGUCAUCUCGUGGCCAAGGUCAUACAUGAGGACUACGAGGUAUCGAGCAACGGGAAGCAUCUAGCUGAUAUCAUGGCGUUCAAUAGCUUAUUACAAUACGCCCUGCAGAGGAAGAAGUCUGUCGCACUUGCAGACCGGAUACUGAAACGUAUGGAACUGUUAGGUGGCAAGGUGGUCCCAGAUAUAACUACCUUUAAUAUUGUGUUAAGAGCAGGCACGCUCUUGAGACGACGCGACUUGAGCGAGGCAGUUCUGGAGAUGCUACGCAACGACGCAGUAAACAAAGACAACGUCAUCCAAAUUACACCCCCCAAAACACACGGCCAGGAAACCCGAGGAUUUUACUCAGCCUCUGUGACUCAUGAUCAGAGCAUGGGUUCCCAGCUCCCCGAGAGGGGCCAAAGCCCAGUGGUUCCUAGGGUAUCCAGAGAGAGUGAUGCAGCGUUGACAGCUCAGUUUUACCAAGAAUACAUUGUCCCACAGCUGCCUUUGCGGUUUCAACAUAUUUUCAACGAGGAUUUUGAUGCUAGUCAUCUCUCGUCCUCAGAGUGCGUUCACGUCGACAGGAAUACUCUUGUGGCUUAUAUUAAUUUCUUGACGGCUACUGAUCGACCUGGAUGGGCGGUCAACAUACUGCGAGCUCUAAUACCAGAACUCGUCCCUCUUGGAUAUCCACUCAGUAGUAAGGAGUUCCAUAGCCUCGGUCACCAGAGGCUCCAAUCACUUCGGAAUGCCGCAUUACUACGAGCUAUCCACCUUGGACCACAGUUUUUCACUGCUAUUUUGAACGCGCUUGUGAAAGACGGAAGGACUGGUCUUGCUCAACGCAUCUGGCGGCUCGCGAAGGCUGCUGAGAGACGCAGCUGGGAUCCGAAGUUCGAAACAGCGCCUUGGAUCUUACCUUGUGCCGCAUACACUGUGAUGAUGCAGUGUUAUGCUGCGGAGGCCCGCUUGAGAAAGCAUCGACGUCUCCCUCCUCCGCCUGGAGCUAUUCGAAGGGCAAAACGCCUUCGGCAGUUGGUACGUGGGGAAUACUCGCCAGCCACGCGGCAUCUAGCUUCGAAUUUGAGUGUCGACCCUUACAAUACUUUCUACGAUAUGGGUAUGCUCCUGCUACGCUCAAUGCAAACCAGCGAGAGGUAUUUCCGCGCUAAGGUCGGAAGUCGUCUUGAACAAGGCGGCACUGUCCUGGACCCGAAAACAAUCGAGCUACCUGUUCCCGAUGAAAGAUUCUUCAAUGCCACUCUCUACCUGUUCGGGCGCCUUGCGACAUAUGCUCCAAGGAAAAAGGAGGCGAGUCCGAAACAUUGGAGACGCUUGUACCGUCGACAACUCCAGCUGUAUAUCGAAACGAGCCGUGUCGGAUUUCCUCGGGAUGAUCGAUUGAUGACUAUUCUAAUUGCAAUACGAGAAGCUGGCUUCGAGGUUCCGAUUGCGUAUAAACACAUGCUUGUUGACAUUCCCGCUCCUCUACCGUCCGUGGACGAUUGUCAGGUUGAACAAGGUGCCUACGCAAGACGUUGGCGUAUAUUUGCUUCAACACCCUUUAGUCUGCCAACCUAUAAAGGUCGUGGCCUCCCUAUUUCAAAGAACUGGAAAAGAGGAAGGCAUCGGGCUCCUUAACCGAUUUAUCACUGAAUAGCAUCUCUAUAGCUAAUUAUUUACAAUGUAUAUUAAUGACAUGCAUCCGCUCCGCAAUACAUCACUUUUCGUCCG